AUGCGUAAUGCAUCCUUUAUGCCGCAAUAUAUUGAAAUAUCCACCUGCGCACCUCUGUGCACUGUAUCCUAUCGAUGCUGCCUUGCUUCGUACCUUCUCCGCUCACUGUGUGUAGGAAGUAGAAAGUUGGGCACUGCGUCUCUGCUGUUGGUGCGAGAAGCCAUGGCGGACGCUCCAAAAACACGCACCCUAACACGUGAGGAGGUGGAGCAGAGCGCAAACCGCCUCAGCACGCGUUACCGUGCCGAGGUGCAUCUCCGGCCGUUGGUGCAGCAGAAGACGAUCUCGCAGGAGGAGGUGGCGCACAGCAUCAAACACCUCUACGACGACUCCAUCGCCCACCGUCAACAACGGCUGCGCGAAAUUGAGCAAAGCGCCAAUGCGGAGGUAGAAAAGUUCCGUGCCCGGCAGAAGAAGCUGGGAGCGGAUGAGGUGGAGACGAUGGUGCACCACCUGUACGAGGAGUCGAUUCAGCGGAAGCAGCUUAAAUUCCAGGAGUUGUACGAACGUGAGUUGGUCUCCCUGCAACGCACACGCAAGACGCUGGGGAAGAAGGAGCAGGAGAUGGUUGUGGCGCGGCUCUACAAUGAAGGGAUGGAUAACACUCGCAAGAAGCACAUUGCGCUUUUUGAACGCUUUGUACUCGACCGACAACCGAAGCCGGUGUACCGUAGCGAGGGGGAGGUGCUGGCGGCGUGCGAUAAACUCACGAGGGGCGAGGGUGUCACCUCCGCCUGA